AUCCUCUCCAACCCCCAACCCUCCGCCCUCGAGGGAAACUGCUCUACUUCCUCCCCUUCUUUAAAGGAUGUGCCAAAAUAAGCAGCUAUGGGCCAGACGAUGAACACCUUUUCCACUGGUUGAUAGCAGUGGCUCACACAGCUCUGAAGAACCCUAAGAAGCAGCCUGGAGGGGAACGCUCAGUAGAACCACCAUGGAGACCGUUAAGAUAGCCUUACUCAUCUUCCUUCUAACCUCGCUCCAGCUCCUCACAACAGAUGCUUCUUGUGUUACCACACAAAAAUCAGCAGAACAUUCAACAACAGGCAAACCAUCAGAAACUACGACACCCGUCACGACUGUUCCUCUUUCCACUGUAAAGAACCUUGGUGUAAAUGUUACUGCAACCAGCGUUACUGCAACCAGUGUGACCCCAACCAGUGUGACCCCAACCAGUGUGACCCCAACCAACCGAUUUUGCAUUCCAGAGAAUUCUACCUGGAAUUCUACCACAGCGCUUGCUACAUCAACAGUAACAGAAAAUACAAAAAUGUCAUCCUCACCCCAAGUCCCAGUGAAUUCCGCAUCUCCAUAUACUAAGGAUAAUGGAACACAAGGGACCCAGGCCCCAACAACUGUUACCAAGAGUGACUCACUAAACAAAACCACCAUUUCUGACCUUACCAAAAAGCUCCCAGGUUCAGAGGCUGAAAAUACAGAUCAAGAUAGAGUCAAGGACAAUAAGAAUACGGAUCAUGUCGGUCAACAGGCUGGAGAUAAGAACCUGCUGUGGAUUCUUUUGCCAGUCCUGGCACUUGUGGGGGCUGCUGUCGUGGCCCUUCUGAAAAGUAAAUGCAUGAAGGACCACGAUCACACAGAGAUAACUGAUAAUGGAACAGAAAAUGCCUCUUUCCAGAGCAGGCCGGACAACGCCAAAGACGGUGUCAUGCUUCUCGGGGUGAAGUCUUCAGGCGGUGAAGACAAUGCUGCUGCAAGAUAAAAGGGAGGCCAUCCCAUUUGAAAGGACCAAUGGAUGAGGACGAGCUCUUACAACCAAAAAAUGGUCCAGAUCCCUUCACCUUCAACGAUCUAAACCUUAUGGACUAUCAAAUACAGCAUCACAGAAUCACAAAAGUUACUAAAGUGGGAACAUUUGUAUAUGGUUUGUGAGUAUUGUAGGAUAUGGGGCUCUUAACUGAACACGUGUCUGUUAGAAGGUAUAGCAUGUUUUAUUAUGUAAUUCAUUGUUUUGUGUAUUCCUAUUUUGAUGGUAAUUUAGUCAAGAAGGAAUUGUGUUUUUAAUUUAAUCAAGACCAACAUACAGACAUUUUAGUCAGGAAAACGAUGCUGGAUUCUGAAUUAACAUGAAUAAAUUAACCCAAAUUCUCAUUGUCUGAGUGUAAGAUGAUUGUCUCACCCCUGUAUUCAAGAUACUGGUUUUGAUUUGAUUAAAUCACCCAAACAUGCACAAAAUCCAAAUGUACUGAACCUGAAUUCAACACACAAUUCCUCGAUUGAAACCAGUUAGUGACCAGUACACAUGGUUAACAAGUGUUUGUAUGCUUUAAAUCUGUUUAAAAUAAUUAUUUAGUUUUCAGUGUAAAUGCCAGGAUUGUAAAGAUGAGCUUUUUUACCAGUAUGUUUCCUGCUUUUGAACAAGUUAUUUUGUAUAUUAGCUGUUGCUUGUCAGAAAACUUUUGUCAAAUGUUUCCCAAGGAGGGUUGGGUUUGUUUGAAUCACAGAUGUAUGUUUCCCAAGGUGGGUUGGGUUUGUUUGAAUCACAGAUGUAUGUUUCCCAAGGAGGGUUGGGUUUGAUUAAAUCACAGAUGUAUGUUUCCCAGGGAGGGUUGGGUUUGUUUAAAUCACAGAUGUAUGUUUCCCAAGGAGGGUUGGGUUUGUUUAAAUCACAGAUGUAUGUUUCCCAAGGAGGGUUGGGUUUGAUUAAAUCACAGAUGUAUGUUUCCCAGGGAGGGUUGGGUUUGUUUAAAUCACAGAUGUAUGUUUCCCAAGGAGGGUUGGGUUUGAUUAAAUCACAGAUGUAUGUUUCCCAGGGAGGGUUGGGUUUGUUUAAAUCACAGAUGUAUGUUUCCCAAGGAGGGUUGGGUUUGUUUAAAUCACAGAUGUAUGUUUCCCAAGGAGGGUUGGGUUUGUUUAAAUCACAGAUGUAUGUUUCCCAGGGAGGGUUGGGUUUGUUUAAAUCACAGAUGUAUGUUUCCCAGGGAGGGUUGGGUUUGUUUAAAUCACAGAUGUAUGUUUCCCAGGGAGGGUUGGGUUUGUUUAAAUCACAGAUGUAUGUUUUACAACAUUUGGGGUUAAAGCAAAUAAAACUAAAUGUGUUUAUUUUUUGUAAUGGAGCAAAUCCAUAAGAUUUCCCUCUGGUCAAAGAUUAUUUGAAUUUCUCAAAUACAGAACAGCGCUGUUUUACUGAUCGGCAUUGGUUGAAUAUUUGUUGUUUUGCACCCGUACAUGCUAACAAAACAUUGGCGCCAUUAUACAAUGAAUAAAGUUCAUGUUGAUUUUA